UCACAUUACGAGAUACAUCAACGCGACCGUAUCUUCUCGACUUUUAUUUUAACGCGACGUGCCGGAAAUAGCUUGAGCUUAUCAACGAGGGAGCGUGAAGUGGAGACAGUCUGCAAAUCGUGUAAAUGCAUUAAUGUUGACCGUUUUCGCCGCGACGUCUAUUUCAGAUACGUAUUAGCCUUGCGAGAUUACAACCAUUACCAAGGCCUCCAAACGUGCCGCCGCGUUGUUUUAGUCACGCGUCGCCGUGUGGGCCGCUUCAACACAAACUUGUGCCGUUUAACUUUUCCGUUCCACCUUAAGCGCACAGUAGACGCAGGCUGCGUCGACUCUGUGGAGCAAGCUAGCCCGAUAUUACCCGGAGAAGAACUGCUUUGUUUUUCACAAUUGAAGUCACUGGAAAUACAAUUUCAGGGUCGUGCCAUUCAUUUUGAAACGUCGUCCCGGAAUGACGUGUUUGUGUUACGUUCUGCUUCACAACCGGCGAGUUAAACUAAAACGCCGUACCUGAAGCAUUGUCGACUGUCUCCGAGCGUCAUGUGUCAUUCAAAACACGUUGUAGCGUGACGAGAUUACGACCCGUCCUCCCGCUCACUUUCUUACUCGCUAAACGUGCCCCCACUUUGUUUAGUCGCGCGUCGCCGUAAGCUCCACCCAGCAGUGCGAGCGAGCGAAAGGGAGGGCGAAACUUUUGGCCUGGAACUCAGCCGUUCCACCUUAAGCGCACGAGCCAGACGCAGGCAAGCGUACGGACGAAGGUUUCCGCUUCUCGGCCGCUGCAACUAACGCACUAGAGAGGCAAGACACCCCCUUAUACCCCCCACUCCCCCCCUCAAAAAAAUUAAUAACACAAGAGGAGGAAAAUGUCCGACGCCAAGUACCGCGAGUGGAUACUGGACACUAUCGACUCUCUGCGGUCGCGAAAAGCCCGACCGGACUUGGAGCGAAUCUGCCGAAUGGUCCGGCGGCGUCACGGGUGCGAGCCCGACCAAACGUGCGGCGAGCUGGAGAAGCUCAUACGCGAGCAGACGGUGCUCAAAGUCAACUACAAGGGCUCCAUUUCGUACCGGAACGCCGCCAAGGUUCAAAGGAGGUGCCGCAAAAAGGACGACGCCGUGACGGCGUCUUCUGCAGCAGCGGCGGCAACGGCGACGUCUGUGGCGGCCGUAAACGACGCCAGUCACUCGGACUUGAGCAACGGGGAUAGCGCGCUCGGCCCCGCGGACCCGGACGACGACGACGAGGAGGCCGACACCUCCAUGGCCAUGGACACGGAUAGCAAUAUGGACGAGGAAGGGGGCGACGAGAGCCGGGACGGCCAGGACGGACCCUUCCCCUCACCGGGCCCCGUGUGCUUGGCCACGUCGGCGGUAUUGCGAGCAGCGUCCGCCCCCUGCUCGCCCUCUCACGCUCGUCCCGCUCCCGGCCCGGGUCGCAGCCCUGGUGCGGCCCCAGGCUCCGGUCUGGAUUGCGUCAUCUCCUUCCAAAUGGCUACCGCCAGGCCCAGCUCCCUGCCCGCUUCCAGCCCAAAGUCCCUCACAUACAACAACUUGGCCAACGGGACCAAUGGUGUCGCCAGCUGCCCGGUGGAGCGCCAGGAGCUUGGAAUGCACACAGAUAAAGUAUGUCCAGUGACAGUCCACCCUGUAGCCAUCUGCCUGAGCGCUCCCAAGAACAACCUGAAGGAGGAGGAGAAGAUGGAGGACAGCAGCCCCCUCUUGGACCAACUGGUACCCGACUACGCCGUGCAACUGGAGAGGAGCGGAGAUGCGUCCCAGGUUAGAGUGCAGGUGCUGUCAUCGUCGAACGACUGCACUCUAAAAAAGAACGCGGAAAUGCUCGCCUCCUUGACACAAGCCGAGAGCGUCCACGUGAACGGCAACGAUAAAAGCGCCGACCUCUCGGUGAAGAAAGAGAAGUUGAGUCAAAACUUGCUGCAGUGGACGGUGGCCGACGUGGCCAGUUACUUUGCCGAUGCUGGCUUUCCAGAGCAGGCCCUGGCCUUCAGGACGCAGGAGAUCGACGGCAAGUCGCUGCUGCUCAUGCAACGCAGCGACGUUCUGACCGGCCUCUCCAUCCGACUGGGGCCCGCGCUCAAAAUCUACGAGCGCCACAUCAAGGUGCUGCAAAGGAGCCACUUCCUGGAGUGCGACGACCUCUGAUGGUAGGCACGGACUACGUCGGGGGAAGAGCGAGUGAACUCUUCCACUAGGAUCCUGCCACACGAUGCAUAUAUUGACGUGUGGAGGAAGGAAAGGACCUGUGACAAAACAAUCAUCCUACCUCUCAUGAUCCUCGUUCUCCCCCGUGCAAAAGGAGCAGUGGCCCUUUAAGAAAAGCCACACGUGCACUUCCUGUGGACUUUCUGACUGCGACGCGUUUCGCCUCUGACUCCCACCAAAGUCUCGCAGCUAAAACAAAACCCUCGCGUGUUACGUGUACACACAUCCAGUUCCUGGCGUAGCUGCUAACACGUGACCUUCCGUGUUCAUUUCUCUCGUUAUGUACCUCAUUGCGUUUUGUUAGCGGCGACACGUGGUUGAUCAUAAAAAAACAAAACAGGCAAUAUUGAAGAUUUAAAAGGCCAACGCGGUGGACCACAUGCAAUAUUUUCAGUGUUAAUCGUCUGCCGCUUUGUUCGUGUUGUGAUACAAGUCAUUCAUUUGAAGCGUGUAACAUUCCAUAGCUUGUAGCAUUUUUUUUUUAAUUUUAAAAUCAAUCAGUCCAUGCUUCCGACAAGAGUCACAAAUAAAGUUCACGCCUGUUUGA